AGAGAGAGAGAAGAGAGAGAGAGAGAGAGAGAGAUUUGUAGUUAUUAUCUGACAAUUGAUUAAUAGCACAAUGAGAUGUUAAAAAAAAAGAUGGAAGUAAUAAAAAGUAUUUGAGUUUAGUGGACAGAUGCUACUGGGAAUCAUCUAAAUAUUUGGAAGGGUAAAUUUACAGGGGCAAAUAUGAUACUUCCAAACUAUGAAAGGAUAGAUGUGUAGAGUCCCUUUAAACUAAAGAAUGUGUCUGUUAUCUAUUUUAUUUGGUUGAAGUAAGCGCCUACUAGGACAAGGUUAUAUCCAUAACAUUUUCUUAGUUUCCGACGUGUAUUCCUUUAAAUUAUACGUAGUAGGGCACUUUUUGUAGCUUUGUGUAUAAUGUGACGUCGUCUAUCUCUCUCUCUAUCGUGAGCAAAUGCUCCAACUUUUUGAGUCACAGUAUUGAAUGACAUAGUUGGCUACUCUGUUUUAUUAUCAUCUGCAACACCCUCUCUCCCCACGUAUCGUGGAAGUAUUCGGGCAGUGUUGUAUAUAUGUACUCUGAGGAGAUCAGUAGCCCAAAAAGAUACAACUUCGUUUUACCAAUGUUAAACAGUGAAAGUCGAUUUAAUCUUAUGAUUUUGUUGGUUGGCAUCUCUAAAAAAUUUAAUGCAUAAGUUAUGAAUAUUAAACAUCUAGUAAAUUGACUUUGACAUCUCAGAUUGAAUGAGAACUUGAUCAGUGGAUCCGGUGAAAAUUGACUUGAAAUAUUUUUGUAGGGAGAUUUUGGUGUGACCCAGUCAUCAUCAGGCACCUGCUUCCUCUGAUUGAUUGUUAAUGGAGCCGAUGAUGUUUCUACGGACAAACCCAUGCGACCGGCCCCCAUCACGCAGAUAAGUAAUAUAUUAGCCAUUGCAUUCCAUCAUUGUUUGCCGGUGCCAUCUGCUGUGCCUCGAGGACCUUUUGCCCCAGCCAGGAUUCACAUAGUGAUGAUACAUACAGCGACCUCGCUGCACUUGUACCAUCCUAAUGGGUCACUAUUGUUGUGUUAUGCUUGUACCAUCCCACGUUCGUGCUUCGAUAGCUCAACCAUAUAUUCGCUCUUCACCUAUUUUAUUUUCUCCCUUUGCAGGUCUUGUGAGAUCACAAAAGGUUAAAGGUUGACCUCCACAUGCCCGGUCUUAAUACAACGGCGAAUAAUGCCCGUAUUAGGUUGAUCAUGCAGCCGCACCCAUCAAAUCGUAUGCGUUGCCUCACCAGCAAAUGUUACGCGACGUACUCAUCCUCGAAGUUAACUUCUUGGAAUUGAAUGUUGCAUCGAGAUAUGAAGAUUGCAUGUGCAUAUAGAGCAAAAGAUUUUGCUUUGAUGGGCACUUUUGAAUCCGAUUUGCCAUGUGGAUCAGCGGAGUUAGAUCGAUGCCUCACGGUGGCCCCGAGCAUUGGAUUCCUCCAUGCAAGUACGAGGGAGGGGACGAAGCUCCAUGCACCGCCGUCCACCCACCCAUGUCCUCGAUGAGCAAGCAGAUUAAUCGGCAAACAUAUGCGUUCGUCUCUGGAUCAUCAACCGAGAAAGGAGAACUGUUGUAGGAUUUGGAUCAUCAGAAAGCCUCGGUGACUUCAGAUCGGAGGAAAUGGCUCCGUUGAAGCGGAAAAGAUAAAGCUCCGUUCCCGAGGAGCAGCGCGGCAGAAGAGGACAGGGAGGAGGGGGGAGGAAUUUGGAAGCAAAGCUGAAGACGACGAAGCUCUUGGCUGCGUGAGACGUGCCAGUCCGCACGCUUCGCACGUGCAUUCUCUGCCACGUCCGCCAGGCCUUGUCCCUACAACCGCGUCUCCUCCAUGGCCUCUGCUACUUACUGCGACUGAGGGAGACGAAGGAGAGAGCGGGAGCGCUGCUUGCCGGCUUUGCUUCGUUCGCGAGCGUCGAGCGACAUGGGAGAGGAGGAGAAGAAGCCGGAGAAGGAAGGGAAGAAAGAGCCGCCGCCGCCGCCGCCACCGGCUGCUGCGGCAGAGGAGGAGAAGGAGAAGAAGGAUGGAGGUGUCGGCGACGGAGGCGAGGGGGAGAAGAAAGAGGGAGAGAAGAAGGAGAGCGAGAAGGCGGCCGAGAAUCCACCGCCUCCGCCACCGCCGCCGCCGGAGGAAGUGGUGAUGAAGGUCUACAUGCAUUGCGAGGGGUGUGCCAGGAAGGUGCGCCGAUGCCUCAGAGGCUUCCAAGGCGUGGAGGAGGUGGUGGCGGACAGCCGGACGCACCGGGUGGUGGUGAAGGGGAGGAGGGCGGCGGAGGAUCCCAUGAAGGUGGUGGAGAGGGUGCAGAAGAAGAGCGGGCGGAAAGUGGAGCUGCUGAGUCCCAUUCCACCUGCGAAACCGGAAAAGGAGGAGAAGAAAGAGGAGAAGCCCAAGGCAGAGGAGAAGAAAGAGCCGCAGGUGAUCAUUGUCGUGCUCAGAGUCUACAUGCAUUGCGAGGCCUGCGCCCAAGAGAUCAAGAAAACGAUCCUAAGAAUGAAAGGGGUGCAGACGGCGGAACCGGACCUGAAGAGCUUGGAGGUCACGGUGAAAGGCGCGUUCGACCCGGCGAGCCUGGUGGCGUACGUGCACAAGCGGACGGGGAAGCACGCGGCGGUGGUGAAGCAGGAGCCGGUGGAGAAGAAGCCGGAGGAGCCAGAGAAGGCCAAGGCCGAGGAGCCGCCACCAGCUGAGGCGGCGGGAAAGGACGAGAAGAAGUCCAGUGGUGGAGAGAAGAACGAGAAGGAGAAGAAGGGUGGGGAGAACAAGGAGGAAGAGAAGAAGAAGGAGGAGGGCGGAGGGGAGGACUCGAAGAAGGACGGCACCGUCGCAGCGGAGCAGAAGAACGGGGACAAGAAGAAGGAGGAGCAGGAGGAGAAGAAGGAGGCCAACGGCGGCGGCGAAGGAGUAGGGCAAGGGGCGACGGAGGUUCCGGCUGCCGUCGUGGCCGUGGCGGCGACGGCGAUCGACGGCGGCGGAGCGGGUAAGCCGAAGAGGAACGAGUUCUAUUACUACUACCCGCGCUACCCCGUGGAGUACGCUUACCCGCCGCAGAUCUUUAGCGACGAGAAUCCUAAUGCAUGCGCUGUCAUGUGAUCAAAGGUUUGUGGAUGGGGAAGCAUAACAUUCCAUGUGUAUUUUUCUUCUCCAUUCCCCUAUGAAAAAUAUAUAUAUUAUAUAAAUAUUCCUAAUAAGAUGUUGUCAUCUCUAAUAUUGUUCUCUUUAUUUCUCUAGAAA